UUCUGCAUAACCUCACUUUGCGGUAUUUUGGAAGUAUAUCUGUGUAGAUUUUUCUAAAUUAGAAAAAAAUGAAGAAUAGUGGAUUUAAUAGUCGUUUGCUAAAUGUAAUUGUGGCCAUAAGUGCUUUUACGCUGGGAACACUCACCACUCUGAUGAUUGUCAGUGAGAAAUCCAUGGAAAAGCCCAAUUUUAGGGAGUAUUCAAGGGGUAGUCUGGAGAGUAAGUUCACUGCUCCGAAGAAGCCCCAUCACUUUCUGGUAAUUCUAAUAACAACUGCACCGGGAAAUCUUCCUCAGAGGAGUGCAAUUAGGGAGACAUGGCUGAAGAAUGGAUAUCUAUGGAAGUCAGAUAUUCCCUAUGAUGCAAAUGCCGUCUAUACGCCACUGUAUGAUUCAGAAACGGGAUUCCUGCGUCCGGAGACACCAGAUAUGCAGGCAUACAAUUUGGAUGUGUAUAAAAAGUGGAUGAAAAAGUACAAGACAAUUAAUCCUGAACUGGAUGGGCAAGAAGAAAUGACAAAUCUCUCGGUUGUGCAUUAUUUUGCAAUUGGCACUGCAGGGCUGGGAAGAUCGGAAAUUAGUGAUUUGAGGGAGGAGAGGAAGAAGCACAAAGAUAUAUUGUUGCUGGAAAAUAUCUGGGAUAGUUACAGCAAUUUGACUAGAAAGUUACUUGAGAGCUUCCAUCAACUGCAUGAGAAAUUCUCCUUUGAUUAUCUCCUGAAAUGCGAUGAUGAUACUUUUGUAGAUUUGGCAAUUUUACUUCAAGAUCUGCAGACUUAUCACGCUAAUUUGAAGAUGGUCUACAGUCGGAUAGACAAUCAGCAGCCAAUUCCAAGGCUCUAUUGGGGGUAUUUUCAUGGUAGGGCUCAUAUAAAAACAGCCGGUCAGUGGAAGGAACAAAAUUAUGAUCUUUGCGAUAAGUAUUUGCCUUAUGCCCUUGGAGGGGGAUAUGUUGUGUCCGGAAGUAUAAUUUCUCAGCUGUCAGACCAAAGAGUUUCUCUGAAAGUCUUCCGGAGCGAAGAUAUUUCAAUGGGAACGUGGUUAUCUGCAUUCAGAGAUAUCCAUCGAAGGCAUGAUGUUCGCUUUGAUACUGCCUUCACGGCUAGAAAAUGCCAAAGUUAUCACAUUGUCCUCCAUAAACGGUCAAUUGAGGACAUGAGGCACUUUCAGAGUGGUUUUACGUGUUCUCAGAUUCAAAAUGAUGCAAUAAGAAGGCCCAAAGAAUAUUACUACAAUUGGCGAAAGCCUCCAACGCAAUGUUGCGAUAUUUCAGUUAAUUGAAUGUUGUUGCAAGAGAAAUUGAUCCUAUUAUGUCUCCUGCCUUCCCUUCU